AUGUUGAGGCUUAUUGGUAUGAAAUGCAAGAUUAUUCAUAAUAGUAGUGAUGAGAGAAAAGGUAAUAUUUGGUUAUGUUGGAGUGCUUCCAUCUCUGAUCCACUGGUGAUAUCUACAACAAAACAAGCAAUUACAGUCAAAGUUGGUGAAGUAAUGGUGACAGGGAUUCAUGGAGCAAAUCUAUCUUUAGAUAGAAGGGAAUUAUGGCAAGAAUUAGAAUCAAUCAGAUCUUAUAAUCUCCCAUUGCUAGUCAUUGGAGACUUUAAUGUGGUUUUUAGUAUUGAUGAAAAUAAAAGUGGCAGAAUUCCUCUCAGAACUUCAAUGUUAGAUUUCGUUCAUUGUCUCGACUCAUGUGGUCUAAUAAAUGUACCUAAAUCAGGAUUGGUUUUCUCUUGGUGCAAUAACAGAGCAGGAGCAAAAAGGAUUCUUUGCAAUUUAGAUAGAGCAUUAAUUCUAAAGAAAUGGAAUUGGGAUGUAUUUGGAGAUGUUAAUGCUAAGCUCAUUCAGGUUGAACAAGAUGUAUUACAUGCAACAUUAGCAUCAGACAACAAUCCAGAAGACACAAAAUUGUUAAACAAUCUGGUUACUGCAAGGGGGGUACAAAACUUUUUAACAAGUCAGCAAAAUGCAAUUCUCUUGCAAAAAUCAAGAACUAAAUGGUUGAAAGAAGGAGCAGGAAAUACAAGAUUUUUUCACACCACCAUGAAGAUAAGGCAAACUCAAAAUUAUAUCACUGAGCUUGAAGAUGAAAAUGAAAAUAUUCUUGCCACUCAUAGAGAAAUAUCUGAGAUUCUAGUGAAGCACUAUGCAUAA